AUUUUAACUUUUGGUAUCCUUUUCAUGCAUAAAAACAAAACUUGCAGAAACAGAAAGUCGGUGGAAAUGUCAGUCUAUGUUCAGUCUCUCCUCCUACACGCUACACUUACUGGAGUAAUCUUCCCAGUGAUGACGAAACACGUGUGCCACGUCUCACACGUGAGACCCUACUCGCCAAAACUCACUUCUUAUAAAUACCAGACCCGAACCGUAACCAAAGCCAUCGAGAAUUGUACCGUGAGAAAUAUGGAAGAGAGAGUCAUCGUCGAUGCUGAGCAGCUCAGAUCUCAGUUCCUUCAGGUUCUGCGGAGCAGACGAUCUGCAGAAGUUCGCCUAAGGUGGGAAAAAGCAGAACCUGUGCUUAAACCUUUGUAUCAGGAAGCUUCUCCGCCAACCUUCAGUGAGGCAAUGGAGUCUUGUCCAAAAGCUGAUAUUGAAAAUCUUAAGGAUCAACUCAAAGAGGAAAAUCUUUACUUGUUUACUGAGGAAGGAGAACAAGGACGCCUACCUUUGUUAAUUUUAAGUAUUAAGGAGAUCAAUGUGCAAAGAAGGCCUGCUGUUGUUUUCCUGCACAGUACGCAUAAGUGCAAGGAGUGGCUGCGUCCAUUGCUUGAGGCAUAUGCUUCACGAGGAUAUGUAGCCAUUGGUGUUGAUUCUCGCUACCAUGGUGAACGUGCGAGUAGUCUAACCACAUAUCGAGAUGCUCUAGUGUCAUCGUGGAAAAAAGGUGAUACAAUGCCAUUCAUAUUUGAUACGGUGUGGGACUUGAUAAAACUGGCAGAUUAUCUAACACAAAGGGAGGAUAUAGACCCUGCUAGGAUUGGAAUCACUGGUGAAUCACUUGGAGGAAUGCAUGCUUGGUUUGGUGCUUUUGCUGAUCCCCGUUAUACAGUGGCUGCCCCAAUAAUUGGUGUUCAGGGAUUUAGAUGGGCCAUUGAAAAUGAUAAGUGGCAGGCUCGAGUUGAAAGUGUAAAAGCUGUAUUUGAAGAAGCAAGGAUUGACUUAGGCAAGAGCCAAAUUGAUAAAGAACUGGUGGAGAAGGUCUGGAACAGGAUUGCUCCUGGACUAGCCUCCGAUUUUGAUUCACCUUACUCUAUUCCAGCUAUUGCACCACGCCCUUUGCUGAUUUUAAACGGUGCCGAAGAUCCCCGUUGCCCACUUGAUGGUCUGGUCAUACCCAAGGAAUGGGCAUCCAAGGCUUACGGAGAGGCACAUCAUGCAGAUAAUUUUAAGCUCAUCGCAGAACCUGGAAUUGGCCACCAAAUGACACCGUUGAUGGUCAAAGAAGCAAGUGACUGGUUCGACAGUUACUUCAAAAAGUGAUUUUGUAUGGUUAUGAUAUCUGUGUUUUCUGUUUCAUUAUUAUUAUUUUUUCGUGAAAUAUGGGUAUGUAUUCUGUAAUAAUGUCCUGACCGCUCUGAGUCUGCAUGAUGUGUCUGCCAUCAAACUUCUCUGAAUGAGUUCUAGUUUGAGUUUUGUUUCAAUUUUCACUUGCUUCGAAUACUCUUCCACUAACUAGCAUAGUAC